AUGUCCUCACCACCUCAAAAAGUCUCCCUCUACUCCGUCAAUGACCUCAAAAAUGCCACGGACGACGCGCUUGCACCGUACCUCACGAGCCUCCCCAAACCCUACACGUUCAAACAGCUACACUCCAGUACCAACGUCCGACUGAUCCUAGGCUACACGGCAGUCAUAAUCGCCGGUGUGCUCUUCUACGCGGACUACAAACUGGGCUGGGACGCGACAAAGGCGUACACCGGUCCAGCUUGCGUGGCGUACUUUGUGCUCAACAGUCUCUUGACGUAUUGGAUAUGGGCCGUUGAAGCGGGCACCGUAUUUGUCGGUACAAGAGAAGGUGGACAAAAGUUGACGCUGAAAUCGUCGUCGCAAAAGUACAGCCCGAGUUACAAACUCAAAGUGUCGUACGAGGCGCCGUCGGGCAAGAAGUGGGAAAACAAAGAGAUCGAGGGCUCGUUUACACAAUGGUUCAACACGCACGGAUACCUGCAGAAGAAGGAAUUUCAGUCCUGGCUCGCCGAGAACAUUGAAGUGUUGGGCGUGGCGAAGAAAGAAGGGAAAGCCGCCAUCUCUGAGCCAGCCACCGACAAUAUUGAGCCAAUUGACGACGCCACGCUCGCGGCCAUCUCGUCCGCAGGCGGUAUGAAUUUCUCCUCGGGCGUCGACGCAGUGGGACCAGCGCCUCCGGUGCCAGCUACACCGUCGACGACGAAGAAAGGUCGAUCGAAGAAGAAGGCGUAG